AUGGCGGGCAUACUAAAGAAGACCACGGGCCUCGUGGGCCUCGCCGUGUCCCAGAACCCACACGAGCGGCUCAGGAUCCUCUACUCUAAGAUCCUGGCCUCUCUGCAGACCUUUCCACAGGACGCCGCCUACAGGAAGUACACGGAACAGCUGGUGUCGGACCGUCUGCGCCACGUCAAGACGGAGCCGGAUGUAGAGAAACUGGAGCAGAAGAUCAGCUGUGGUCAGAUAGAGGAGGUCAUCUUUCAGGCUGAGUGCGAGCUGAGUUUAUCCCGAAAGCUGAGCGAGUGGAAGACCUGGGAGCCUCUCGUGGAAGAGCCGCCGCCCAACCAAUGGAAGUGGCCCAUCUGA